GGGACCCUCCAGUCCUAGGACAGUCUCAGUCUGGCUACAGCCCUCAAGCCAAGCCCCGGAUCCGUCAGCACCCAGUGUGAGUGUUGCCCAGUGCGCGCCCCUGCCCCAUUUUUCUGAUGCUGAGCUGGAGUAGUGGACUGGGGAUCCCUUAACGGAGGGAGGCAUGAGUCCCAAGGGAGGUUUGAUCCUAGGCCUUUUAACACAAAGCCAUUUCUGUCUGUCCCCCAGAAGGGAACCCUGCUUGCAAGUCAUGGUGGUUGGGGCAGUGGGGGGUGAGAGGAGGGAGUUCUCUGCCUAGUGGAAGAAGCUCAGCUCCCUUGGUCUGAGUUUGUCCUUGCUGGAUCCAACCCAGCAUACAGGCUCAAGGUGAGUGGACACUCAGAUUCCUAUAAACUUUGGAUUGGGUGACACAGUCUUUUGAGAGAGGAAGGAGGUAGAAGUCUGGGCUUCUGUAGGGACCCUGGUAUCUUGAGAUGACAGUGCUGCUGGCCUGAGGCUUGGAUCAUUCUAAGCCUGGGGGUGUGCUGGUUGGCAGCAUGUGGCCCCAGAGAAAUAGGUUCUGGGCACUCCCACUGUUCCUAGUUGAACUUGGGUGAAGAGCAGGAAUGUGAUCAGACAGGGUCAGUGGGAGGGCUUGGGCCAGUCUGAGCCAAGGGUCCUUUGUCUAGGUUAUUUGGCCUGAAGAAAGCCUUGACUUGGGAGCUUUAGGCUGUCAGGUGGCUGAGGCCUUAGUCCUAAUGUUUGAUCCUGGCAUAGCUCUCCUCUUCUAUGGAACAAAAUAAUAACCUUUCUACCUCUGACCCUUCUGAGUGGGUAUGAGAGUCUUGAGAAUGAGGUGGCCCAUCAGAACUGCCCGGGUUCAGGCCACUGGGAACCUCUCAUCUCCAGACUCUUCAGGAGGUGGACCUACAUGACCAUUGGGCCAAAAGGGUUCCUAAGAGCUGACCCUGCCUGACUCAGCAGCUCCUGCCCCAUCUCUCUCUGCAUCUCCUUAUCUUCUGCACUGCUUUCCUUUUCCCCUUCUGCUCUUUCUACUCUGGCUCUUCCCAAUACCCAGAGGAGCCAGCUCUGGGAAAGGUCCCACUUCCCAAGGGCCAGGUGUCCCACCAGGCCCCAAGUCCUGUCCCUCGCCCUACUUGGGCACCACUCCCUACAGGAUGUUCUCUGCGGCCUCACAGCCCUUGGACCCGGAUGGGCCUGUGUUCCGGCUCCGCUUCACGGCCAUGAUCUGGUGGGUCAUCACUUUCCCCAUGUUCGGCUUCUUCUUCUGCAUCAUCUGGUCCCUGGUGUUCCACUUUGAGUACACGGUGGCCACUGACUGUGGGGUGCCCAAUUACCUGCCUUCGGUGAGCUCGGCCAUCGGUGGGGAGGUGCCCCAGCGCUACGUGUGGCGCUUCUGCAUCGGCCUGCACUCGGCGCCCCGCUUCUUGGUGGCCUUCGCCUACUGGAACCACUACCUCAGCUGCGCGUCCCCGUGUCCUGGCUACCGCCCACUUUGCCGCCUCAACUUCGGCCUCAACGUCGUGGAGAACCUUGCGCUGCUAGUGCUCACCUACGUCUCCUCUUCUGAGGACUUCACCAUCCACGAAAAUGCUUUCAUCGUGUUCAUUGCCUCAUCCCUCGGUCACAUGCUCCUCACCUGUAUUCUCUGGAGGCUGACCAAGAAGCACACAGACCGCAAGUCCUACAACUGGAAACAGCGGCUUUUCAUCAUCAACUUCAUCUCCUUCUUCACGGCGCUGGCUGUCUACUUUCGGCACAACAUGUAUUGUGAGGCUGGAGUGUACACCAUUUUUGCCAUCCUGGAGUAUACUGUUGUCCUAACCAACAUGGCAUUCCACAUGACGGCCUGGUGGGACUUCGGGAACAAGGAGCUGCUCAUUACCUCCCAGCCUGAGGAAAAGCGAUUCUAAACCCUUUCUCUCCUGCUAGGAAAGAGGCAGUCCACUGCCCAGAAACUAGAAACAAGAAACUACUCUGGCCUUCCCCACCCCGUGUCCUCUGUGGGUCAUGCUGAAGCUGGGGGCGGGGCGGGAAGAAAGGAGAAAGGCACAGGACAGGGCUUCGGACAGCCCUGCUCCUUUCCCUCACCCCACUUGAAGGCACAGGAACCUUCGAGCAGCAGCGUCACCCUUAUCUGAGAAGCCCCAAGAAGCUGAGCUGGCAGGAGAGCUCCACCAUCUGGUGCUAAAAAAAGUCCUGAGGUUCAUAACCACCAUCGGUUCUUGGUCUUUACAUAGCCACCUUCUUGCUGAGGUCGGGGACCACUUAGCAGUGGCUGCUACCUGAAAACCACAGCCACUUCUCUCCACAGGGUCAUUCACUUAACUGAUGUGUCUAGUCCUCUCCUGUACACACCCAGGCAUACCUAAGGCCACAGUGCCCUGCCAGGUUUGCUCAGGUGUUCUAGGCCUGAGCUCACCUCCAAUUUAGCAUGUACCUUUCCCUGCCUGAGCCUCAGUGUGUCCAUGUGGGUGAUGGAGGGUUGGAAGGCUGUAUGAUUUUUUUUUUGGGGGGGGGGAGCUGUAUGAUUUUUAAGGGCUCGGCCAGUCUGCGGUUCUGACACUGCCUUAUGGAGGUGGUGCUCUGUACCUGAAGGGUGACUUGCUCCAGGAAAAGCACUGGUGCAGCACCUCUUUUCCUUCCCUUCUGAAAUAUCUGGCUUACAAACUCUUUCUUCUUGGCAAAGGUGUGGAGUGGGGUCAGAGGCAGAUUCCUGCCCCCAAAUGGGCUCUCUGGUAUCCCCCUCUACUCCUACUGCCCCAUGCCCUGACCUCUUCUGGUUGUACAUUUUAUUUUGAAGGAAAAUAAUUUUUUUUUUCUUUUUUGCCAAAA